UAUAACUACAUUGAUAUGAAUUUGACUUUUUCACAGACAAACAAUGAUGAGUCAGAACCGAAGAAGAAAAAGAAGAAGACGCCAGUCAGUCGAGCGCCACCAACAGUAGAAGAGAUGACGCGACUGAGAGAGACCGAGACACUUUUCCAUUCCAAUCUGUUUCGGAUGCAGAUUGAGGAGCUGUUGCGUCAAGUUAGAACUAAAAAGAGAGAAAGAAGAUUGGCUCGGAUCUGGCUGGAAUCAGUGAUUAAGCAGUUGUCACCAGCCAGUGAGAAUGUUCGGAAAUCAAAGGUGAAGUAUCCGUUGCCCGAUUUGCCCAAAGACGCAAAGGAGGCUGAAUUCAAGUUUGUACCGCCGGUAGAUGUCAGAGUGAUCGGCUCUUUCAAUUCAGCCAUCUGCAUUGGACCAGAGAUCGGCAUUGAUGUGGCCGUCGUGAUGCCUAAGUCGAUUUUCGGCAAGGAAGAUUACCUGAAUGGCCGUUACUUGCGCAAGCGCGCACGAUAUCUGUGCAGCUUGGCAGAAUGUCUGCUCACUAUCGAUUCGGUCGACACGCCUCGUUUCUGCCUACUCAGCAGUAAUCCACUGAAGCCGGUUUUGGCAUUUGGCCCCUCUACUUCCGGGUCGACUGUUUCAGGUGGCGGUGAAACAUGGACGUCGAAGGUGACAGUUUAUCUGCAUGCUGUACCUGCGGCGGGAACUUUCAAAGCUAGUCGAUUCACGCCCGAGAAAAACAACGUGAGGAGUGGAUGGUGGAUGCCUCAACAGAAAAGCCCAGUUGACAGUCAAGGAGAGCUGAGUCUGACACCAACGCCCCACUAUAACUACAGUAUUGCUAGAGACAUUGCUAUGGAAGCCAAUGAAAACUUACAGAAGAGGAUCUAUGAAGAAAAUCCCAAUCUCAGAGAUGCUUUGCUACUACUCAAAGUCUGGUUGAGACAACGGAAGCUCGAUAGGGGGUUCGGCUCGUUCAACGGACACCUGCUAUCCAUGUAUGUCGUAUAUCUGUUCAACAUGCGCAAACUGAAUGCGCAGAUGAGCAGUUAUCAGGUGGUGCGCAACACGUGGCUCGCAUUGCAGAGCUCUGAUUGGCUGACUGAAGGCCCCGCCUUCUUGCCAGCAAGCACCAAUAACAGCGCAGAAUAUCACAAGCACUAUGAGGUGGUGUUCUUGGAUGCCACUGGCUUUGUUAACCUGGCUGCUGAGUUGAACAGGUUCACUUACUUAAGGGUGAAAGAAGAAGCAGAACUAGCCUUGAAGUAUUUGGACAACCCAGGUCUGAACAGUUUCCAAGUGUUGUUCCUGACCAAAAUGCCAUUCCUACAUCAGUUUGAUCAUGUUUUCAAGGUGCAAAAUCAUGAACCAUGUGUGCGUUCAGAGGUGGACCGCUUGCUGGACAGACGGGCUGUGCUGGUGGAACAGCUGGCCAGGCUUUUGUCGCGCGGUCUGGACCGUCGGCUGGCCGCUCUGGCGGUCGACUGCGGUCAGCCGGUCAGCUGGCCUGUGCAUGCGUCACACACACGUGUGCAGGCACAACUGUGCAGUUUGGUCGUGGGUCUGCGACUCAAUGCUGAGCAUGCGUUCUCAGUGAUCGAGAAGGGACCCGAGGCUAACUUGCCUGAGGCGAGCGAAUUCCGUGCGUUCUGGGGAGACAAGGCUGAGUUGCGCCGGUUCCAGGAUGGCACCAUUUGCGAGUCGGUGGUGUGGGAGUGUGCGCCAAGUGUGGUCAUGUCUCGGCGCCGUCUCAUCUGUCGUGCGAUCGUCACCCAUCUGCUCACAACCAAACUGCGCAUGCGCACAACCUGCCUCACCUAUUUCGCCGAUCAGAUAGAGCAAGUUGUUCAAACAACCAACGAGGAUGACUGCGACCUAGCGACAGCACAGCAGCGAGCGGUGGCUGCGUUGGAUGCACUGACCAGACAGAUGCUGGACGUUGAAGAUCUGCCGCUCACCCUGGCCGCUGUGCAAGGGGUCUCCGAUGUAGUUCGGUUUUGUGCCGCUAGAGCGCCUCAGCGAGCCUCACCAGACGCCAAUCAACGCUGCAAAGCUCCCAAAAGUGUGGAGCCGAUUGAUGCCGUGAUGCAGUUGGGUCUGUCGAAGAAGUGGCCACACGACCUGGCAGCCAUCAGUCGAAUUAAGGCUGCAUUCUACAUAGAACUCGCCAACAAACUCCAGCAGCGUUACCAACUCAUCGCCAAGCCUUUUCCCAACUACCUCAUUGUCUGCAAGGACGACUAUGUGUUCCGUAUGAGGGUGGUCUACCAGCAGGAGAUGAGUGUGAUGAAGGCGGUGGUGGGGGAAGGGGGCGUGGUCGCCUACAAGGACAACCCACAGUCUCUGGCAGCAGAGCGCGACCUCGUCCAUUUGCCACUCAUCACCAGUGUGUUGGCUGGGCUAUCAGGCGAGCACCAGGCGUUUGGAUCGGCAGCUGCACUGGCAAAGCGUUGGCUGCGCGCGCACAUGCUGGACGCCAUCUUGUUUCCCGAUGUGGUGGUCGACCUGCUGGUAGCCGCCCUAUUCGUUAGCCCCGCCCCCCUGGCCACGCCCCUCCAGCCACAGACCGCCUUCCUGCGGCUGCUGGAAAAGCUGGCCAACACCAAUUGGUGCACUGAGCCAAGAUAUGAGCGAAGUGGAUGAGCUUUUCAGAACAGGCAAGGAGUUGGGCUCUGGACCUGCCCUGUUCCUGGCCACCAGCUAUGACCGGUCAGGUGCUGUGUUCACCCGGAACGCCCCCUCUCUGCCCGUGCUCUAUCACCUGGCCAGAAUUGCGCAAGCCUCCAUUGAUGUCCUUCACAAUCAGCUGAUCAACGCUCAGCCGACCACUGACUUCAAGCUCAUAUUUCGACCUCCAUUGGAAUUCUUUGACUGGCUCAUACACAUUGAUGCAGCUAUGAAUGCGUCAGCUCAUCUGAGUAUUGAUGCAGCUGCCAUUGUGCAUUGUGAGCAAGCGACCAGGAAGAAAAAUAAGAAGGACAAUAAAGGGGAUCAAAACUUGUCUAUGAUGGACAAUAUUAAGGACAAUGAAGGGAACCAAAACUUGCCAAUGAUUGACUUCUGUCCAGUGAAGUGUUAUUUGCAAGAGCUUAGGGCCAAUUACGAUGAGAUGGCUCUCUUCUUCCAUGACUCAUACGGCGGAUGCAUAAUUGGCGUUCUAUUUAAGCCACAGGCUCUACAGACCAGAGAAUUUAAGGUUUCGCAUUUCAACUCCAGGAAGCCUGUCAUUGAAAAGGACAAGUUUAAGCUGGAACUGAAUAAGGAGGCCAUUCUUGAAGACUUCAAAGCAUUGGGCAAGGGUAUAGUGAAGGAAAUUGUUGUAAACAAAAAGUAACCUUCGAGCAUUUUGUGUAUGACUCUUGCAAAAAAAUAUCUAUUUCCUUUAUCGGUUGCAUUUCAACUGUUAAAAAAUAUAUAAUUUAAUAAUAAAUUAUUAUUAUU